AGGGAGCGGCAAAAGGUUCCUGCGCGAGGGAGUUGUGUGAGAGCCAGCGACAAUGGUGUCAGGAUCAGGGAUCUGCGCAAAGAGGGUGGUGAUCGAUGCUCGUCACCACAUGUUGGGUCGUCUGGCCUCUAUCGUGGCCAAGGAGCUCCUCAAUGGCCAGAGGGUCGUUGCGGUGAGGUGCGAGGAGAUCUGCAUCUCUGGUGGCCUCGUGAGGCAGAAGAUGAAGUACAUGAGGUUCCUUCGCAAGCGUAUGAACACCAAGCCUUCCCAUGGGCCCAUCCACUUCCGUGCUCCAAGCAAGAUCUUCUGGCGCACUGUUCGUGGAAUGAUACCCCACAAGACAAAGCGUGGAGCAGAAGCACUUGCUAGGUUGAAGGUUUAUGAGGGUAUUCCCCCUCCAUAUGACAAGAUGAAGAGGAUGGUUGUCCCUGAUGCUCUGAAAGUAUUGAGGCUUCAAAAAGGACACAAAUACUGCUUGCUAGGAAAAUUGUCAUCCGAGGUCGGAUGGAACUACUAUGACACUAUCAGGGAGUUGGAGAAGAAGAGAAAGGAGAGGGCUCAAUUGGUUUAUGAGAGGAAGAAGCAGCUCAACAAACUGAGGGUGAAAGCUGAGAAGAUCGCAGAGGAAAAGCUUGGUCCCCAACUUGAAAUCCUUGCUCCCGUUAAGUACUGAGUUGUCAAUUUUAGGUAGUUUUUCUGAAGUUUUGGCGAGAGUUAUACCAUAUUGAACUCUUCAUUUUUGUUGCUUGUACCUUGUGUUAGACUCCUACUCUGUUACAUCUUGAAAGCUGUUUUUAUUUAUAUUUUAGAGUUACCUAUGUCGUUUAGAUGUUUUAUUGUCUUCAAAUGAGCUGCUUGUGGUUUUGCUUACAAGGAAUGAAUCUUUAUAACCUGAAUGCUUCUCAUCA